UAUAACAGUUUUUGAGGCAUAUAUUAAUUUUAUGGUAUUGAAUUUUAUUUCUGUCAUUUUUAUUAUAGUUUGAACAAACAGCACAUUUCAUCUGGACUCCAAUGAUGGAUAAGAAGCAUAUACUAUGUUUUUUGUUUCUCUUGUCUUUUAAUAUGGGUCUUGUCAAAGCAGAGGAAGAAGGCGCCAACCAAACAGACUUGGGAGUCACUAGAAACAAGAUCAUGACGGCUCAAUAUGAAUGUUACCAAAAGAUUAUGCAAGACCCGGUUCAUCAAGCCGAAGGGGCUUACUGCAACCGGACCUGGGACGGCUGGCUGUGCUGGAACGAUGUUGCCGCAGGAACCGAGUCGAUGCAGUAUUGCCCUGAUUACUUUCAGGAUUUUGAUCCUUCAGAGAAGGUUACAAAGAUCUGUGACCAAGAUGGAAACUGGUUUAGACAUCCAGAUAGUAACCGGAUAUGGACAAACUACACCCUGUGUAACAACAGCACCCACGAGAAAGUGAAGACCGCAUUGAAUUUAUUCUACCUAACUAUAAUUGGACAUGGAUUAUCUAUUGCGUCCCUGAUCAUCUCCCUCAUCAUAUUUUUUUAUUUCAAGAGCCUAAGUUGCCAACGGAUCACCUUGCACAAAAACCUCUUUUUUUCAUUUGUUUGUAACUCGAUUGUAACAAUCAUUCACCUCACGGCAGUGGCCAACAACCAGGCCUUGGUGGCCACAAAUCCUGUGAGCUGCAAAGUGUCUCAGUUCAUUCAUCAUUACCUGAUGGGCUGUAACUACUUUUGGAUGCUGUGUGAGGGGAUUUACCUGCACACACUCAUUGUGGUGGCUGUGUUCGCAGAGAAGCAGCACUUGAUGUGGUAUUAUUUCCUUGGCUGGGGAUUUCCUCUGCUUCCUGCCUGCAUCCACGCCAUCGCCAGAAGCUUGUAUUACAAUGACAAUUGCUGGAUCAGCUCGGACACUCAUCUCCUGUACAUUAUCCAUGGUCCGAUUUGUGCUGCUUUACUGGUAAAUCUUUUUUUCCUAUUAAAUAUUGUACGUGUCCUUAUCACCAAGUUGAAAGUUACACACCAGGCAGAAUCUAACCUCUACAUGAAAGCUGUAAGAGCUACCCUCAUCCUGGUGCCACUGCUCGGCAUUGAGUUUGUGCUUUUCCCGUGGCGGCCGGAAGGGAAGGUUGCCGAGGAGGUGUACGAUUACGUCAUGCACAUCCUGAUGCACUACCAGGGUCUUUUGGUGUCUACAAUUUUCUGCUUCUUCAAUGGAGAGGUUCAAGCAAUUCUGAGAAGAAAUUGGAACCAGUAUAAAAUCCAGUUUGGAAACGGCUUUUUCCCCUCCGACGCUCUCCGCAGUGCGUCCUACACAGUGUCAACAAUCAGCGACGUUCCAGGGUACAGCCACGACUGCCCCACGGAACACUUAAACGGGAAAAGCAUCCAGGAAAUUGAAAAUGUUGCCUUAAAACCAGACAAAAUGUAUGAUCUAGUUAUGUGAAAAUACAGAGAGAUCUUACCUGAUUUGUGCCACUUGGACCUAUGGCUUUACAGCCAGAACAUUUAAUAGCGAGCGGAUUCCUUGAGUACUUUAAAGAAAAGCCUCAAAUGACAUGAGAAUUGUGUUGAUGAAUGUUUAACAGCCCCCUCUUUCAGUGGGGGAGAAAGCCUCAAUUUAUAAUGUUGGCCAGUAUAGGCUCCCACUGUAGCUGAUUUCCAGUUACCAAACUGACGUCGCUGAGUGUGGAGCUGAAGAGCAGAUAAGCGCAAUUGACUCGUGGAAGCUGACGCGCCUUGGAACCCACGCAGCACGGCAUGCACUCACGAAUGGGGGGCUGUGCACGCUCGCACCCAUGCUGAACAGUAUUCUGCUCUUCUCACCCGAGGAGCAGCCCUCACUGGAUCUUACAGACGUGAGAGGAAAGCUUGGUUUUUGUUUGUUGUAAAAACUCUUUACCCUAUUGUCACUUGGUUGUAGUGAAUGCUCUGCCCAGAAAGACUCCGACCCUCUCUAGAACGUCUCCAGUGAACUAGACAAAGAGUUUGUUACCUCUGCCGUCUCAUGUUUUUCUCUUUAAGAGGAGCGACAAGAGCAGAAUUCCCACAUGGGCUGCUCAGUUGCUGUUACAUAAGCUUGUAUCCUGUGGCAUAUUCAUUUUGACACCUGGUGAGAAAAAAAAAAAAUCUACAAUUUACAAUCCUUUCCUGACUCACUAGGGAGGCGUAUUGGUAGAAGCUACAAACACUUUGUCAGCUACUAUUAGAAUCUUACUGUAGGGCGUAGGAGGAAGUCAGUUUUCCUGAAUCUGUAAAUAGAAACUUUGGCCUUUCCGUUUCUACUGUGUAGACAAGUGAGCAAUCAUUUUAAAUGAAGGGAAUCAAUGAAGGAUUUCUUUUUAUCUUGGGAAUGAGAGAGAGAGAGAGAGAGAGAGAGAGAGAGAGAGAGAGAGAGAGAGAGAGAGAGAGAGAGAGAGAGA